UGUGCUUGUGUGUGUCUCCUUUGUGUUGCUCCCAUCACAUUUGCUUGCAAUCCAUUGAGCACGGCUGCCCGUUACCAUCAACAUCUUUCCUUUCUCUGACUCUUUGUUUUGUCACUCAUUAUCCCCCCUAGUCACUCUUUUGUACAGAAUCCUCACCUCAGUCGUUCUUUUUCCAACAUCCCGAGUGUGGAAUUCAUUCCACGUCCAUUCAUUCCUCCGCCCAGUCUGGACCGUGAAGCACAGAACCCGAACCCAUUGACCACCACCCCUCGAAAACCUUCAAACAUACACAAACCUCCGGGGCCUUGAUUCAGCAUGUCUUAUUAGACCCCCCCUGCUAAACAAUAAUACUACUCGCACCGUCUUUGUCUGCUGAGGACGCUCAGUCGGCGUUCGAUCAUCACCAAAACAAUGUCCGGCCAUAUUUUGCCCGAACACGAGCCACAAAUACAACCCCGGAACCCUUACCCUAUUGCCCGACCAGGUCCCGUACCCGACUUCAGGCUAGAUGGAUUGUUUGUGGAAGAGUCAGUAUCAGUCUCGUUAGUGGCGAGGAGCGAGGCCAGCGAGCCGUCAAGCUCGAGUUCAUCCAAGUCGGAUGGUGGUGGUGGAGGAGGAUCCAGCGACACGUUGCCAAUUCUCUUGGGAGUGCUCGUACCACUAGCCAUUGCGGGUGCAGUUUUUUUCUACCUACACCGUAGGCAUGUAAGGAAGCUCCGGCAGGAAGAUGCAGAGGACAAGCACAAGUCCUUGGAUUUUGGUCUCAACAUCACGUCCGAGAAAUCUCGCGGCAAUGGACCCCAAAUGUCCGAAAAUCCCAGCCCGGGACGGAGAGCUCGUGGAUUAUCGAUCGAUCUGGGGAUGCAUAACCCGUACCUACUGCCUCCAGAGGUUCACCAGUCUCGGGAAUCUCUGCAUUCUUUGUCUCGAUUGAACACGGGUGACGACAAGUAUCGAGCAACUACUUUUAUUCCGGACGAUGGAUCCAUCCGACCUCCGUCAAGCCACAGAAGCCCGAUUGACGAUUCUUCGAGUUACACCAGUUCCAUGAAGAACCCCUUUGAUUCUAAGCAAAACCUGUUGUAUAAUGGACAGGGAAAACCAAUGGGCGGACGUAGUGACUCAGUGGAUACUAUGUCUCCCACCUUAAGCACUGGGCCCAACAACCUCCUUGCGCCGAAUGCUGCUGAUGCUGGAAGAGAUUCAUAUGUCAGUACAACGAGUAGCAAUGGUGCUCUGACGGCGAUGAGGGCCAGUAACAAUUACCUUGGACAGUUCAUUUCCGGAGGUAAUGGCUUGCCGCAAGAAGAUUCGAGCAAAAAAGUGGCCACGGCCACAGUUGCUGAGAUUCGAGUUGAACCUCCUCCAGAGGACAUUCAACCUCCCUCGCCAGCCGUUGUAAAGGAACCCCGAUAUGAUGAGGCUUCAGCUGCAAACGUGCCAUAUUCAUCACACCAACCGAGACCCUCGGACGCGCCCAGUAUCACUGUCAGCCAACCAGAAGAACGCCAGCCACGUCUCCCUCAGCUCAGCUUCAUUGACUCUCAAGGUGUCAAGCAGAAUUCAGUCGAGCCUGCGGCGGACACACAGAUGAACGUGCCAGUCACCAACGGCGCUCCUGAACAUCCUACCACCCCCUCAACAGAUGCUGUCCCCGAGACUCCCCUGACCCCAUCCAGUCAGUACCAGGAUUCGUAUGUCGAUGAUUACUAUGAUGAAUACGAAGCAAAUGGGGCCGAAGAUUACCAGGAUUACCUAGAUUACGAACAGUAUCUUGGUUACGACCCGCGGAGGUCGAUGAUGGGCAUGCGACCUCUUCCUCCCGAGGAUCCUUCGGACAAUCCUGAACAGCGAGCCAAUCGUAUCCGUUCCUUCUACAAGGAGUACUUUGACGAGUCGAAGCCACAUCCACCUGGACAGUAUCAAGGUCCUGGCGAGGCUGGAUUUGAUAACUACCAUGACGGCUACUACGACGCCGGCGCGUUUGAGCCCCCUCGCCAACCGUAUGGACGUCACCGUGCAAUGUCGAAUGGAAGCUUCCUGACGGCACCGCGAGCAUUCUCAUCAGCAUCAGGACGAUUUGGGCCUCCACCUUCCAUGCGAUCCAAGAAGAGGUUGCCUCCACCAAAGCCACUCAAUGUUUUGCCUACUCCUCAUCUACUUGACAACGACAAUUUCUUACCAGCUGAUUUUGCACCACCCAAGAAGUUCCAAAACCAAAGAGCCGGUACACCUGAUAGUCUUCGAGGUGGGGUCAAGCAGUAUAAGAUCCCGCUGAGGCCCCAUGUACCGUUGGCGUCGUCAUUCGACGACCUAGCGGUGAUUCCAAGCCCUCACGCAUUGAGAAGGUCUGGCACUUUCACAGCACUAGACUUUGCGCCACCAGGUCGGCUGGGCGUAGCAGAUUCUGCAAUGAGCGAGACUGGCAGCAUUCGAAGCAACCGAUCUGGAAUUUCUGCUAUGCACAACCACAGCAUCCGUUCAGGAGCUUAUCGUGUUAGCCGCAUUCCCAAAGAGGUGGCCGGCACGAAGAACGAGUUGUUUGCGGCUUUGAGGCCACAAUGGGAUCUAACCCGAUGAUCUAGAGUCGUCAUGGACUUGAAAUGUGUAUACGGCCGUGGACCCCAUGGUUUAUUCUGACAUUUAAAGCGUGCAGUAUAUUGAGCAUAGCGGGAGGAGUUCAACGGCACCGAGCAUGCCCUUUAGCUCUCUGGAAUAUUUUGUGUGUAGCCACUGUACUAGUACUACCAAUGCCAAAGGAGGAAAAUGUAUAAUAUCUUGGAUGAGGCCGUCCGUACGGAAUUCAGCUGAAAAGUGUCAAUCCGGCUGAUAUCGCAAGAAAAGACUCGCCCAGAUCUAUAUAUUUUAUCAUCGUUUAGCGAGGUGCGUCCGGAGAUGCAUGUUAGACGGGACCUGGCAUUGGAUGAAUACGAGACAUUCGACAUCUGGGCAUGUCUAAUCUUGGGUAACACACAGCGGAGCCUCGUAGAAAGUCACUUUCGG